AUGAUUAAAGGUCACGACCUCGUUAUAGCAACGGAAGACGCUACGUCAGGUUAUUGUUUACGUUUUUUCUAUAAUGUCGGUGUCUGAUACGGAUCCCCCUUUUCGCGCUAUGGUAAGGGCUAGUGGUCUGGCUGAAGUAUGGACCCACAGCACGGAAAGCAGUAAAUUUGACCAAUUUGGCUGGAGGUGUACGAAUAAGGAAAAUUCGUACUCCAAUGACUCUUUGAUCGGUAACUGGAACGAGGAGAGAUUCGAUAACAAUAUUGCAAAGCAAGCAAAACAGAUCCCAGGACAGCAUGAUCAUUACUUCGAGUCAAGUUACGGAGUCAGUUAUAACAAAUCACCACCAUAUGGAGUUCCUAAAGAAUUAAUUCACUUGAAAGAAAGACAUUCUCAUGCGUUUCCGGGACACCAGCCAGAGAUUGAUAAUGCUAAGCUAAAAUCUAUAUACAACAGCUGGGAGACCACUUCCCGUGCCGCCUAUGUAGAUCCCAAGAUCCGCCGAAAACCUCUACAAGACCCCAUCAGCUAGUUAGAAUAAAUUCAAUGCCCGUUAGGGAAGGUGAAAAGGAAAACAUUAUAAUAUCUUUCAUGUGUUACAAUGUAUGUUUUUCUAAACUAGACUUUACAAAAUAUAAAAAUUUAAUUUUAAUCAUACCAGUAUUACCUAUAAUAGUAUCCGCUCUCCGCAUUCUCCAGUAUUAUUUUUGUAAUGUAUGGUCUGCAUAAUUUCUUGCGCAAGUUGUCAGUUUUUUGCUUUGCUCAAUGUACUGUUUAAUUCUAUUGUACUUUUUUCACGGAUUUUAUUUGUUAUAAUUAGAUAAAUUUAUUUUGACAGAUUUUGCUAUGUACAAUAUAUAUUUGUUAUUAAAUAGAAUAAAAAAUAUUUAAUGUU